AUGGCCCACAAGAAUUUUUCCCCUGCUUCGCGCCACAAACAAGCGUCCCCUGCACCGUCUUCCUCCACCGAUUUGCCUCUUUCCGAUGAUUCUCCGGCCAUGUAUCCCGUUGAAUACGAGCGGGCCGUCAGUGCUUUCAUGUUUGGGGACCAUAUCAGAGCCUUGGAGCUCGUCGAUGACGCCCUUUCCCGCUACCCGGAUUCGGCGCUUCUCCGCAGCACCCGAAACGUCUUUCACUACAGAGCCGCUUCCUUGCUCAAAGACCAUAAGUCCAAGGUUGAAUACCUGAAGAAAGCGGCCGAGUUCGCAGGCCUUGCCUUCUCUAUGGCACCGAACUCCAUCUCCUGCGCUAGAUUGAACGUCGCCAUGCUUUUCGAGCUGAAGGAGAUCGCCUCCCCUACUUCAGUCUCCGAUUACGAAGAAGUAAUCCGGCAUUGCGAGAACGCUUUGAUGUUACAGAACCCAGCGGACCCUCUUGAGGGUAGCUUGGGAAAGACCAAGGCCGAGCGAGUCUUGUCGGUGAGAAAGGAGUUCUUAACGGUCAUCGAGAAGGCCAAGACGAGGAUCAGUUUUCUUGGAGGUGGGAAUAGUAAGGACUGGUUGAAGAAGCUUGUAGAGAAUGAUUUUAUGUCGUCCGUAAAAAACGGUUUUGAGAACAUAGAACAGUUAAGGAAAGGGAUCACAGAGCCGAUGCCGCUGAAGGCCAAAUUUCCAGCGUCGAGUCCAGCCUCGAGGGAUGAUCGGCUCACGGAGAAAAGAAAGAAUCAAAAUCUCAAGAAACUGAUGUCCAACGUCGGCAAGACAGGUCGAGUCAGGACUUACUGGAACAACAUGGAUAUCGAAGAAAGGAAGGAAUUAUUCACUAUAGGAAUAGAAGAUCUCAUAGCGUAUUUGGAUAAGAACAAGCUGGCGAUGGUGAAGGAGGCUUUGGUAGAAGCAAUAGAUUUCGCUAAAGUGAAAAAUAAAUGGAAGUUUUGGGAAUGUUGUUGUUGCGAAGGAAGGUUUUCGGUCGGAGUAUGGGAUUUGGACCACAUUGGGGAUAUGCAUAUAGCUCCCCACUCCGAGUACAUACAAUCAGCCGCUCCGGAAAUAUUAGCUCCUGACUUGGCACAUAAGAUGCUUCAAGCUGAUGUAUGGAAGCCUGUGGAUUCUAUUUCUGCGGCCAAGAUUAUGGAAGAUCUGCCGUCUACUGCAGAUAAUGGCUCUAAAGGUUCUAAUGUUAGUCAGUGGCAUUAUUGUGAUGAUAGAAAGCGCGCUGAUAUCAUCGAGAAAAUUCGCUCAUGCCUGCAAAUGUUUACGCAAAUAAAUUGUCUUGCUUCUAGCCAUCUCACUAUGCUGCUGGACAUGACAAUGGACAUGCUGCAAAAUCGCAUCCCAAGAUCGAUUCUCGAGGAUCAUGGACUGCACCAGACACUCCGUUCGAUAUGCUUAUUGGAAGUGCCGGAGCUUGAACACGUUCUUGAUUUCUUGGAAGAUCUGGCUGGUGCUUGCUCAUUGCGUUCUCUUUGUGAGCGUUUGUCGAUAGAAGAAUCGGUAGGUUAUCAGGGACCUUGCUUUAAAGAGAGGAUUGUUUUCAGCAGCGACUUCUCUUGCCUCCAUUUGGAUGAGCGAUCGCUGCUGCGAGGACAGAUUGAUGCGCCGGAUGAUGGGAUUGAUGCGCCGGAUGAUGGGAUUGCAGUGGCGUCAACUAUUGCGGAGGAUUGUGGUAAUGAUGAGGCAGAGCUGUCUGCAGAUAGUGACGCUAUUGUUUAUGAAUUAUGUGUUGCAGUUCCUAAAAUUGGGGAGCAGUGGAAGGAAUGGACAAGUAUGAGAGAAACCACCAGAAAUAUGGGAAAGGGUUUGGUGAAGAUCCUUCAGAUGGAAUUUACACGUGAGCAGUUAAUGUUAGCCAGAAAACUCAGGAUUUUGAGAUACGAGGACACAUUGCUGAGUGUUGAGAGAAUAUGUGUCGAGGAAAAUAAGAAAAGGGAACUAAUUCCAGAUUACGACCCACAGAGUUUUGAGUCUCUAUUGUCGAAGCGGAAGGAGGAGCUUGAGAUGGAGGGCGAUGCUGCGAUAGAUAGCACAAGCAAUGAGAUAGAUAUCAUACUUAGUAUUCUGGAAGAAGCACAAGCAGACACUGACAUAAACAAAGCAAUCCAGAAGCAGAGGGAACAUAUAUCUCGAGAGGUUUACAAACUCGAUGCCAUAAUCCUGACAACUAAAUUCGCCGUAGGGCAGACGGGGAAGAGACUUUGGAGCGUAUUAGUUCAUGACUAUCGGUUCAUUAUCGUUCCCCUGUUGAAGUCAUUUGUGCAGGCACGCCUACAUGAUAUGGUUGACAAAGAUGCUGCAGAGAAGUCUAGUACUGCAGCAGAAGCUCUGUUAGCAGAGCUUGCCGUCGAUGCCAAGAAAAACACUGAUAAAGGAGGUGUUAGUUCGAAAAAAGGAGACGGAAAGUCAAAGCGUAAAAAGAAGGGAAAAUAUCACAGCAAGGCCAAAAAUUCUGAGGGAACUGGUGGUAGUAAGGAGCGGCAUCCCUUUAAUCCCAAAAAUGUGGAACAAUACGACAUUCCCAUAAGCCCGGAUGAAUUGGAGCAACGGGAACAGGAAGAUGUUGGUCCAAGUAAGCAGGAACAGGAAGAGGAACUUCAGCGUGAGGCUAUGGAGGUGCAAAGAAAGCUCGAGGAAGUUUUGGAGUUUCAGAAGAAAUUCGAGGAUGAGGCUAAACAAAAGCGCCAAGCUGAAAAAGCAAAGAUCGUGGGGGGAACCAGUGCUGAAAAUGUUGCGGAGGAUGUGCAUGUUGUCUUCUCCAAACUUAGCGAAGAUGUUGGUCCAAGGGAGCAGGGGCAUGAAGAGGAACUUCAGCGUGAGGCUAUGGAGGUGCACAGAAAGCUCGAGGAAGUUUCGGAGUUUCAGAGGAAAUUCGAGGAUGAGGCUAAACAAAAACGCCUAGCUGAAAAAGCAAAGAUCGUGGGGGGAACCAGUGCUGAAAAUGUUGCGGAGGAUGUGCAUGUUGUCUUCUCCAAACUUAUCGAAGAUGUUGCUCCAAGGGAGCUGGGGCAUGAAGAGGAACUUCACCAUGAGGAUGAGGAGGUACAAAGAAAGAUUGAUGCAGCUUUGGAGUUUCAGACGAAAUUAGAGGACGAGGGUAAAGAAAAGCGCCUAGCUGAAAAAGCAAAAAUUAUGGAAAAUGUUGCAGAGGAUGUACCUGUUAUCUCCUCUGAACCUGGUGAAAAUGUUGAUCCAAGUGAGCUGGAACACGAAGAAAAAUUUCAGCUCGAGGAUGAGGAGGUGCAAAGAAAGGUUGAUAAAGCAUUGGAGAUUUAUUUGAAAUUUGAGGAAGAGGUUAAAAUAGAGCUCCUUGCUGGAAAAGCAAAGAUUGAGGAAAAUGUUGUAGAGGAGGUGCCUCUACUCUCCUCUGAACCUGGUGAAGGUGUUGGUCCAAGUGAGCAGGAACAGGAAUGGGAACUUCAGCGUGGGGAUGAGGAGCUGCAAAGAAAGCUUGAUGAAGCUUUGGAGUUUUAUUUUAAAUUUGAGGAUGAUGCUCGACGAAAGUACCUUGCUGAAAAAGCAAAAAUUAUUGAAAAUGUUGCAGAGGAUGUGCCUGUAAUUUCCUAUGAACCUGGUGGUGAAGGUGUUAAACUUGAUCCACGUGAGCAGGAACAGGAAGGGGAACUUCAGCAUGGGGAUGAGGAGGUGCAAAGAAAGGUUGAUGAAAUAAAUUUUGAGGAUGAGGCUGAACGAAAGCACCUUGCUGGAAAAGCAAAGAUUAUGGAAAAUGUUGCAAAUGAUGUGCCUGUAAUCUCCUCUGAACCUGGUGAAGAUGUUGGUCCAAGUAAGCAGGAACGGGAAGAGGAACAUCAGCUGGAGGAUGAGGUGCAAAGAGAGCUUGAUGAAACUUUGGAGUUGCAGAGCCAAAUUGAUAACGAGGCUGAACACAAACUUGAUGAGCAAGAUAAGAAUGUAGGUGGACCCAGUGAGAAGAAUGUGGGAAGGUGGUUUUGCUGCUGUCUCCAGUGAACCUAAAGAAGAUGUUUGUUCUAUUAAACAGCAAUAGCAGGAACAAGUGGGUAGCAUCCAUUUUGGUAGUCUUGAGUAGUGGACAAAGUUUUCACAGGCUGAGCAGUAGUGAUCGGGUUAAGAAAUAAGUAAAUGAACUUGGAGAACUGCAGCACUUGAAGCACAUGAAGCUGACUAGCAUAGAUAGCUAGAAAUAGCCUAUUGUACUUCUUAUGGGUAAAAAAAAAUUCCAACUAAACUUUCACUUGUAAAGAAUUAAAGCAUAGAUGUAUACUUCUCAAACAUGACAGUUUCUCUGGACCCAUUUCACUUGCAUAUGGCUUCAUUUUGCCACUACUGUGCAUAGGAAAGGGGGCCUCAUGGGUUCAAUACUGUAUAGGCAGAGAAAAUGAGAGUAAUAAUAAUAAAAGGGAAAGGUUUGUUCUGGUUUUUGAGAAUUUC